AUGUUUAGCGACGGAGAAUUAAACGAUGUGUGUCCGGGCAUUGAGAAAGAGUGUAUCGUUGAGAACAAGGAGGAAUUUGGCCCUGGUAGUAUCACUAUGCCUGAUGGAGAUACGAAUCCCGAUUUCAUGGAUAGAAUCGCCUACGGGACGCCAGGCUCUUUGCCAUCGUAUAUGAUCACAGCGCUGAUGCACAGACCAGAUAUGCUUGAUGGUCUGUCGCGUCGCGAUUGGCCGACAGAUUGGUAG